UACCGCAUAGCCUGGCGUCCGUCGCACGUUGAUGACGUAGACGGCUUUGCUUGGGGGAGUUGGUUGUGACGUGGCAGAAGGCGGAAGCGAUGUUGCGGCAGGAUAGUAAUGAUGAGACGGAAGAUGUUUCACUUUUUGAUGGAGAAGAUGAAAUGUCCAGAAAGUCCAAGAAAUCAAAAAUAAAACACCCUAUAGCUUCUUUUUUCCACUUGUUCUUCCGGGUCAGUGCAGUAAUUGUCUACUUACUUUGUGAAUUGUUAAGCAACAGCUAUAUUGCCUGUAUGGUGACAAUCAUCUUACUACUGUCAUGUGACUUUUGGGCAGUGAAGAAUGUCACAGGAAGGUUGAUGGUUGGCCUCCGAUGGUGGAAUCAGGUUGAUGAUGAUGGCAAAAGUCACUGGGUUUUUGAAGCCAGGAAGGUAUCUGCUCAGGGGAGGAAAGCUAUUUCGGAAGCAGAGUCCAGAAUCUUCUGGCUAGGAUUAAUCACAUGUCCUUUACUCUGGGUGAUUUUUGCCUUCAGUGCCCUGUUUUCUUUCAAAGUUAAGUGGCUGGCAGUAGUAAUUAUGGGUGUAGCAUUGCAAGGAGCUAAUCUUUACGGCUAUAUUCGGUGCAAAGUGGGUAGCAGGAAGAAUCUGACCAGCGCAGCAACUUUCUACUUGGGAAGGCAGUUCCUGCGGCAGGCCACGUCCAAGGACGACCAAGCAGUAUCUUGAAGUUCAUGAAGAAACAUUACCUGCCAUUUUCAGUCCUUAUGGAGAAUGGAGGGGGAAAGACACCCCUAUUUCUUGGGCUCUGUACAGGAAAUUUAUAAUCUGUGUAUGGAUUUUUGUAAUUAAAUAUCUCAUAGAAGUGUUAAUUGUUACCAUUUCUUACAACUUAGAUUUUACAGAACUCUUCUUGACUCAACUGACUGCUGGACUCUUUAAUUAAUUAAUUCUCCACUUAGAAGUAGGUUAAAAAAAAUAGUGAUGACAUCUGUGACUAUUUAUAACGUUGCAUUCCUGAAAUAGCCAGAAUUGUCCCCAAGAACUUCGCAGUCAAAUAUUUUUGCUGUUUCAAAUCCAGCUUGUUCAAGAAGUCUCAUGAUAAGGGCUUGAACAACCUUUCCUCAUGUGAGAACUAUGGAAUGUAACUAGAUGACUUAAUGUCUAUAUUAUUGCGAGAUCAGGUAUUUUUAAGCAAGUAUUUUAGAUCUCAAUUGGAUAAUUUGAACAAUUAGAUAAUUUCAGCUAAAGAUCAGGAAUUGAGAGGAAGAACUAAGGGUUCCAAUUUCACAAUCAGAAUAGAAAAACACUGAUGCCUGUUGAUCUGCAAAAAAUAACUUUCCUGUUUUGUUUGGUUUUGAUCUGAACCUUCUUGAAUAUUGAGAUUUCCUGAGAAGCAAGGGCAAGUUCCCUUCAGCUUACUAUCUGAGUAAAAGAGAAUUUUCAGGCUACAACUAUAGUAGCCUACAAGGAUGUAGAUCUCAAUUCAUAGCAUCCUAUAGAGAGAGGAAGGAUUUGAGUGUGCCCCUUUGUGCCACUUAACAAGUUACUGAUAUUAUAGAAGAACUGUUCUGAAAUUGCUAGUGCCAAUUCAUAAUGAACUCGAACAAGCAACUUCAGAACUGGUGAAAUAAGAGAUUGAGCUAUUUAGGCGGCUCAUGUUACUAGAAAAAUCAGCCCAGGUAAUCCACUGGAAUGAUUUAGGUCAGGAGUACCCAAUCCCCAGGUCGUGGCCCACUACUGGGCCGUGACUUAUUUGGAACCAGGCCGUGUGAGCAGUGGGCUGGCACACGUGCACAUGUGUGUGCAGCUCAACUUGCACAAGUCAAGCUGCAGGCACAUGUGCAUUGACCUACAACUUGUGUGGGCCAGUUCCCCUCUCCCCUUCUUCCCCAAGCCAGGCUGCCAAGCUGCAAAAGUUGUGGACCACUGAUUUAGCCUAUCUGCAAGUAUUUCUUUGCAAAUGUAAGCAAAGCUUCAGUGAAUUUAGGCUCUACUAAGAAUGUGGUAGAUUUCUGCAAACUCACUUCUUUGAGUGAGUCCUAUGCACAGGGCUAGCUUGUCACGGUGUGCUACAGGUAGUUGGGUUGCUUUUCAAAAUCGGAAUUAAAGUUUAUUGAGUUCCUGCUGUUUACUGGGUGGAUAUCCAAUUCUUCAUUUCAAACAUGAUCAAUUUGUAUAUUUCUCAAAAUGCUUAAACAGGAGUUAAAGCUGUGUUACAGUUACUGUUCAGAAGUUUAUAAAUUAAGCUUAGGAAAAAAGUAUUGAUUAUAAGCAAACAAUAUAAGCCUAAUGGUGGUUUAUUGUUCAUUUUUAAAAGGAAAAGCGAUUGGCAAGUUUCUAUAUGAAUGCUGAUAGUUAAUGUUCAUAUUCAGAUAUGAAAAGUGAAGGUUCUUGGAAUACAGAAAUAAUAUAUUUAAAAUCUCUGUUUUGCAUUGUGCAUGUUUGUUUGACCUUUCAAAUUAACCUGUUUUCCAAAGAAAUAUAUUUUUUUAAAGCUGAGAGAUUCUGAAUGGGUUUGAUUUAGUGUGCCAAUAUCAUGUGUCUUGGGUGAUACACUGUAGUGAGUUUCAUGUCGAUUAAUAAGCUUAUGUCUUGAAUCUACUCUCAUAUAGUCCUCCCUCUUUGUCUUUGUUUCCCUUGCCUUUUUGAGCUCUGCCCAUUUCCAUUUUUCACAACUGCAUUCUCUGGGAAAGUGGCUGCAGUAGUUUCAGAGAUGCACAAGUUUUUUUUAAGUGCAUUAUUAAUAAUUUUGUGAAUCAACUUGAGCUUUAUCUCCUUAGCUGGACACUGCAGCCAUCUAGUUGUGCAUUUUGGUUGCUGGCAUUCCUCAGUGAUGUAUUCAGUAGCCUCGGUUACCCAAACAGUGAACUCUAGUGUAAAUGAUUGCAAGAUUGCAAAUUCAUUUUUCAAUAACUAUUCUAAUAAUUUUAUUAUUACCUGAAAAGAGUCACAACAGAUUGAAUAUAAAAACAAUAUUCAUACCACUGCAAAUGUAAUAUUUUCUAGGAAAACCUUUCACCCAUUUAACUGAGAGAAUAAAUUGGUGUUGUGCCUCCAUGGGUGUGAAUCAUAUCACCUUAACAACGUACACAAGCUGCUAUUCUUGAGAAUCUCCCAGUUUUGCAUUUUUUAUUUUAUUUUUUUUGCUGCUUAUAUUUCCUAUCAUAUCUUUUCACUCAUCAAUCUUUCUGGUCUUUGCAUUUCUAAAGUUUAACAUAAUUUCUUUUAUACAAAGUCAUCUAAUAAAAUCAAAGAACUUUUCAUUGCUAGACCUUUCCCAGCAACAGUUUUCACAUAGCACAAAAUUACUGGCAAAUUCCCCAAUAGUUGUAAGACGUGAAGGACCAUGCUGAACUAGCGAGAUGGGUGUAUAUAAAUUUAAUAAACAAAUAAACUAUCAUCCUAUAUUCCGAACUUGCCCAUCAGAUGCCAAGCAAAUGUCCAUCAAAUGAUGGUGAGAUUUCAGCCAAACCUGGGUUUAGAGAGCAGACUGCCUUUGUUUAACAUAAUAAAUGCAUAUCUUAUCAGCCAUUGAUAACCUUAUUCUGUAUAAAUCUAUCCAGUUGCUUUUUAAAGUUAAUUAACUUUCCAGCUGUAUUAUAUGCUAAUAUAUUGCAUAGAUGUUUGUAGAAUGCUUUUUUCUGUUACGAUUCUUCCACAUUUUAGAUUUAUAGAAUGAAUCAAUUUUUAUAUUAAAGGAAAAAAACCUGAAA